AGAUUCUUCGCUUCAUAUUUCGAUUCCAAAAAUAAGAUUGAUUAAGAAUUCAGGAGUCUUCUUUUCCGCUUUCCUCGGUGCCGGCGAUUUACUUCCUCCACCAGUCCACCUCCUUGUGAAACUCGGAAGCCGAAACCCAGACCGCACCAACCCAUCUGAAUCUCCGUCGGCUGGGGAGAGUCCCCCCUGCCUCUUCCCUCUUUCCUCGCUCUCCUCUGGCGAACCCGAACUUUUCUUGAUCUUAGAUCUGAGGGUUGCAUAUCUGCUAAUCUGGCUUGUGGGUAAGCUAAUAUUCUUUCUGUUAUUCAUGGGGUUUUGGCGUGCGUGACUUGAAUGUCGUCCUGGUCAUUUAGACUGGCAAGGUGAAGGUUGUUCCUUAGUGCGAUUCCUGAAUUGGGUUACGCUCUAGUUCGAAUGUUUUCAUCUGGGCUCUCGAUUUUUUCCACUCUCGAUGAAGUUUUUUUCUCAAUAACUCUGUAGAAAGUAUGAUGUGUAUACUUGCUUUCCUUCUUUUUCUUCAUUAUGAAUUUUAUUUGCUAGUUGUUUGUUAGUCCUUACCUUCUGUUUUGGGUUAUCCCAAUAUUCUUUUGUUUUCUUCUCUGUCUUGAAUAAGCGAUGGUUUGCGAACCAACAGGAGCUUAGCAUUAUCAGGAGAUGGAUAUAACACAUGACUGUCUGCUGUUAUAACUGCUACUUGACAUUCCUCUCGGUUGUUAGUUGCGUUGCGGCUCUAGUUACUUUCACCAGUUUGUUAGUGUGUUAUACAUUCAUCCAAAAAGCCUGCAGAAAAUGUUGAUGUACUUUUGGCUUGCUGCUGCUGGUAGCAUAUCAGGGUCAUAAGAACAUAAACAAAUUUAUCUAUUCACACUAGCGGGAGGGGUAGCAUAAAAAACUUAAGGCAAUAAUUGUUUUUAGACAUCUUGUGAACAUUCCUUAACCUGAUUUCAUCUAUUUGUUGGAUUUUGCUACUGUGGGCCUUUACAUCUACAAUUAUGAUUUAUUAGUCUUGGCUCUUUUUGUUUAACAGCUUAGAGGAAACCUAUGCUGCAAAAUUUACUUGAUUGAUCUAGUGUUCUUGAACCAAUUAGUUGUUUGUGUUAUAAACUCCAAAAAUAUAGUAACUACUGUGUCAUGUAGCUAUAACCAAUGUGCAGAAUAGAAAAGUCGGGGAAGAAAGUCGACAGGGAAAUCUCAUUUGGACCUACAUCAGUUGGAUAUGCGUAGUGGUGGUAGAUUGUGGAGCAUUGAUUUGUUUAUUUUCUGAAGCCCUUUUAUUAAUAAAUUAGAGUUAUGCUAAUGGCUAACACAUCAAUAAUUAGCUAUUUGCUGCUCUGCUACUAUUUGCUGUUGGCUACAGUAGUACGAAAAAAUGAACUUCAAUCGAUGGUGGUGUAUAUGGCUAAUAGCAGCUGCAGGCUAUAAUGUCAUCCAAGCAUAAAUGUAGUUUGGAUGAUAGUAUUAUUAUGAGUGAUUUGGUUGGUGGUUGGACAUUGAAGUAUUUGAGAUCACUAGUGAUGUGUUUAAUGAUGGUUGAACAAUUAUGUACAUUUUAUAUGUAAUUUUAUUUUUAUGUGAUUUUGAUAUUCUUAGACGUAAUAUGGUUGUUUUGGAAUUAAUUUAGAUUUUUAAGAUUUAGUUUUGAAUUUUUAUAAGUUAAUUUGGGUUUUUUAGUUGCAAGUGGUUUUUGGAAUUAAUUUUUAAUUUUCUUUAAUUUAUCCGAAUUAUAUGGAAUUAAUAUGUAUUGUUUUAUAUUAGUUUGUACUUUUUGAUGUAGUUUGAAUAUUCUCACAAUCACAAAGCUUGUCUCUUUGCAGAUUUGCUAGAGUGGUAGUCUCGAGUUAGGCUAUUUGUUACUGUACUGUGUGCAUGUUAUGUAUUUUCUGAGAAUGCCCGGCCAUCUUUGACAGUAGCAUUCUGCAUAAACUGCUUUCACAAAAACAGCAUUGUUUUUUUUCGAGAAAAUCUUGACCAAUUUGGUCAAGAUAUAUUGCAAUAAAAGGGAUAACAAUUACUGGAAACAAUGGGUUUACUCGCUGGCCCGCCCCGGCCAUGAUGGGUUAGACAGGGCCUUACAGGAAAUAGGGCAGAGUCAGUUAGACGCUAUGGAUCUGUAGGGUCGGGUUUGACGCUGACCCUGAACAUACACCACCUACCAGACCCAGUUUCAGGACUAAAUUGGAUUGGAUCUAGUGGUUUCAUUCAUUCUGUAUAUUGGUUCUGGUUUUCGCAGCAAUCGCAUUUCGCUUUCUGCUAUCGUCAUCCAGCUCUUGAUUGAUUGCUUGAAUUGGAAUUCGUGCGCAGACGAGAUAUUUUAAGUAACCACUCAACUCAACAAAUUCAAUUUAGCUAGUGUCGUCUCUCUCUGAUUGAUUGAGAUGGCGUUGUAGUCUUGGGAAUUCGCUGCUCCUUCAGCCGCAGGCCAUCCAUCGUUGGAUGUGCUCAGCCUCCUCAGAGCUUCCCCUCUUCCUUGGUUGUUUGUUAAAUCCCAACAGCGCCUGAGGAUGUCGCAUUAUCACGCCGUCCAGCGGUUGCUGUCAGUGUUCGAAAGCCAGGCAUCCGGCGGAGGACAGUCCAUCCUUGACUCCAUAAAAAUUGCCGUACUCCCCAUAGCCAAAGUCUUUACGAUGUGCUUCUUGGGAUUUCUCAUGGCCUCCAAGUACGUCAACAUCUUGCCCGCUUCUGGAAGGAAACUCUUGAACGGGUUGGUCUUCUCGCUUUUGCUACCCUGUUUAAUCUUCUCACAGCUUGGCCAGGCUGUCACUCUCCAGAAAAUGCUAGAGUGGUGGUUUAUUCCCGUGAAUGUUGUCCUGGGCAGCAUCUCGGGAUCAAUCAUUGGAUUCAUUGUUGCAUCCAUUGUGCGACCUCCUUACCCAUUCUUCAAGUUCACAAUCGUACAUAUUGGAAUUGGGAACAUCGGCAAUGUGCCUCUUGUCCUGAUUGCUGCUUUAUGUAGAGAUGCAUCUAACCCUUUUGGCGACUCGGAAAAAUGUAGCACAGAUGGAACUGCUUAUAUUUCAUUUGGCCAGUGGGUUGGUGCUAUCAUCCUUUACACAUAUGUAUUCAAUAUGUUGGCGCCUCCUCCUGAAGGUACCUUUGAUAUUGAAGAUGGAAAUGUUCCAAUCAAGAGUCCUCUAAAAGAUGCACCAUCCGAGCAGCUUCCCUUACUAAGCCAUGAAAAUGUGUUUAAAGAGUCGGGGGCUUCAAAGAAGGAAAAGAUUAUGGAAUUUCUAGUUCUACUAUACGAUAAGCUCAAGCUCAAGCAAAUCCUUCAACCCCCAAUAAUUGCUUCAAUAUUAGCCAUGUUUCUUGGUGCAAUACCAUUUCUUAAACGACUGAUUUUCACAAGUGAUGCCCCACUGUUCUUUUUUACCGACAGCUGCAUCAUUCUUGGGGAAGCUAUGAUUCCGUGCAUAUUGUUGGCUUUAGGUGGCAAUCUCGUGGAGGGACCAGGUAGCUCUAAGCUCGGUCUACGGACAACUGCUGCUAUUAUUUUUGGUCGGUUGGUUUUGGUACCCCCGGCUGGCCUUGGAAUAGUUACAUUGGCUGAUAAGCUGGGGUUUCUCCCUGCUGGUGAUAAGAUGUUCCGGUUUGUUUUACUUCUUCAACACACAAUGCCAACGUCGGUCCUAUCUGGUGCGGUUGCCAGUCUAAGGGGUUGCGGAAAGGACGCUGCUGCUGUAUUGUUCUGGGUUCAUAUUUUUGCCGUCUUCUCAAUGGCAGGGUGGAUAGUUCUCUAUCUCCACCUCCUUUUCUAAGAAGACGGGCGAAAUUUCAUUCACUCCACCCUGCACUCUGCUGUUUUACUGAGGCGAUCAGUGGGAAGUAGCAUCAUGUUGAUAGAUAGGGGUGGUGGUAAAGUAUCGAUUGAAACCUUGUGUAAUUUGUAGUCUGUAAUUAAAAUGAUUACUCGCAUGAUCUUACUUUUCUCCUUUCACAUCACAACUCUGAAGUGUUGAUUGCUACCGCUGAAGUCCCUUCUCAUAAGACUUUUGGAGUCCUUUUCAACCUACUAGUCUUGCCUGAUUCAGCACCUGAUUCAGCUGCAGGAAGUUGAAAAUAAUAAAAAACUAGCUUAUUACCCGGCCCGUUGGCUGAAUUACUGUAUGUUACCCACUUGUGGAAUGGGAGAGAAAGCAAGUGAGAGUGAAGGGAUUGGGAUUCCACUUGAUUAGGACCGAUCCACUAAUCCAAUUCUUCCCGACCCGCCUCAACCUACAGGGUCAGAAAGAGUCAAU